GGGAGGCCUGCGCAGCGGCACGUGGUGGCGGGGAACCGUCGGGUCCCGGGUGCGUUGUAAGUGGAGCUGUGCUGGCGCUGGAGCUGUGCGAGGGAGUGGAGGGAGAGGGAAUCAGGAUCCAGGCCACCAUCAGAUUGCAGAGAACACAAUGGGCAAAAAUAAGGCAAAAGGUCAGAAACAGAUAAAUGUAUUCCAUGUGGCCAACAAAAAAAUAAUGAAGGCUAAAAGUAAAGCCAAACCAGUGACAACUAGUCUUAAAAAGAUCAAUAUUGUGAAUAAUGAGAAGGUUAACAUGGUAAAUAAGGUAUUUUCAGAAGUACAGAAAGAAGUUAAGCAGUUAUCCAAACCUAUUUCUUCAGACUCUUCAAAGAAGCACCAGAUUCCCAGGCCCCUGGAAGAUGAACCAGCUAACGUGGAUGCUGCUACUAACUUACUGUCCCAGUUGUAGGACAAGAUUGUGUCAAUGUCACACUUUCGGUGCAAAGGUCGAAAUCAGUUCAGAAAUUUGGAAAAGACAGCUAGAAUCUCUGAUGGAAUUACUACAUUAUUAGAGGAAAAGAGGUGUUGAAGACCAAGAACAUUCCCACUUAUAAAGCACUUGUGUGCCCCCAUGCAGAUGGCCAGAUCAUUUUCCACAGAAGAACUGAAAUUCUGGAAUGUUGUGAAAGAGCGAGUAUACUUCUAAAGAGGACUCUUUCAAACUGGUGAUUGCCAGAAACACACCGCCCAUCAUUGCCAGCCAGCAAGUCACCAGCUUGGGAAACAUGGUUCUAAAGUGAAAAGUUAAGGAUGCAAGUCCCCCCCCCCCUGCCCCGCCGACACUGGAAUUUUUACUGCGAUCAGAAAAUACCCACCACAAGUAGUUGCUGUUUUUUAAUCUUUGUACCUGGAGGCUCUGUACACUGGGAUGGAUUCAGGUUUUGGCCUGUGCAAGUAGACUGCUGAAAACUAAC